AUGAACAGUGGAUUGGCACUCACAUUGUACCUGAUGUCAGCUGGUUACCAAAGCACAGUUCACACUUUCGGAUCCAAAAUAGUCAUCCACGAUCCGAAUCAAACUCCAAAUCCAGAAGAGGAAGGACUCUUUAUCAGUCCAGGACACGACACCUUAAUAUCCUUAAAACAGACUCUCUAUCGAAGAUUACCACAUCCUUAUCCAGAUGGCUGCAAAGAUUACGAUGCAGACAUUAGUUCCAAAAUAAGAACUAAAAACGACUGUAUUCGAGCCUGUAUCCAAAUGAAGUCCUACGAAAAAUGUGACUGCAUUGAUCCGUCUUUAGGAAUCACGAGCAAUUUCAGACCCUGCAACUUAUCAAACGCAAAGGAAUCCUGCUGCCUGAACGAAGAACUAGAUGCCAUGGCUCAGAGUGCUUCCCCUUGCGACUGUCCCUUGCUAUGCGUAUCUUUGUAUUACAAAGAACAGAUUUCAAGAUCCCGUCUCGUAUCACGAGAUAAGUUAACACGGUGGGUUUUGCAGAAUGAUAAAGUGAUGAUCAAAGUGUUCUACUCCAGCAAGGAAAGAAAUGCUCGUGUGUGA